CUCUUGCAGAGGCCCUGAAUUACCUGGGAGAAGUCAGCAGUAGGGGAAGGCCUGCCUGCUGAACUCAUAGCCUGAGAGUGGAAGGACUGAUUGGUAAAAGGGCACAGCUGGGUGAGAAGCUAUCUGAAGUCCUGAAGCUGACCUGAACCACAGCCCCACCUCCACAGAGAAGAGCAGUGGGAAAGCCCUGCCUUAAGAAGGGAAACGGUUAUGUGGGUAUGCAAUUUAUGUCGAAAGCAACAAGAAAUCUUAACAAAGUCUGGAGCAUGGUUUUUUGGAAGUGGUCCACAGCCGCCAAGCAGUCAGGAUGGAGCACUGAGUGAUACAGCUACUGGUGGAAGUUCUGAUGCACCUAGAGAAAAGAAAGCAAGGCUUCAGGAGCGUUCCAGAUCUCAAACUCCCUUAAGUACAGCAGCUGCCUCAUCACAGGAAAUCUCUUCUUCCAGUGUGCAGUCUGACAGGAGGAAAGGAGCAGAAUUAUCACAGCAAGCUAUGGGCCUGGAACAAAAGCAAGCUUCAUCAAGGUCUAGAAGUGAACCCCCAAGAGAGAGGAAGAAGACAGCAUUGAUUUCAGAACAAAAUGGAAAAGUAGGUCUAAAAAGUGAACGUAAACGUGUGCCAAAGUCUUCACUUCAACAAGGACAAGCAGACGACAGGGAACGUAAAGAAAGGCAUGAAAGUAGAAGACUGGAGAAAGGAAGGUCACAAGACUACCCAGACUUGCCAGAAAAACCCGAGGAAGGCAAGGUAGCUGAUGAGGAAAAACAAAGGAAAGAAGAUGAGUAUCACACUCGGUAUAGGAGUGACCCAAAUCUGGCAAGGUAUCCUGUGAAGCCACAUCCUGAGGAACAACAGAUGCGUAUGCAUGCAAAAGUUUCUAAAGCACGGCAUGAAAGAAGACACAGUGAUGUAGCUUUGGCACAUACAGAAGUGGAGGAAGCAGAGGUACCUGAGAAUAAAUUAGGAAAACGCUCACAGUUACAGGGAACUCAGGACAGAAAAUCUCUUAUGGAAACUCAGAGAUCAUACUCUAUAGAAAGACCAGGUGAUGUAAGAAUUUCUGUUUCUAAACAAUUAGCUAAUCAUAGUCCACCAACUCCCAGACAUAGUCCAGUUCCUACAGAACACCUAGAAUCCAAGAACCAUGAUUCCUUUAAAAAACAAAGUCGCCUUGAUCCUAGCUCUGCUAUUCUCAUGCGAAAAGCAAAGCGGGAGAAAAUGGAGACCAUGCUAAGGAAUGAUUCCCUUAGUUCUGAUCAAUCAGAAUCAGUGCGUCCAUCUCCUCCAAAGCCUCAUAGAUCAAAAAGAGGUGGAAAGAAAAGGCAGAUGUCGGUCAGUAGCUCAGAAGAAGAAGGGGCAUCAACACCAGAAUAUACUAGCUGUGAAGAUGUGGAAAUAGAAAGUGAAAGUGUUAGUGAAAAAGGUGACUUGGAUUAUUACUGGCUGGAUCCUGCCACGUGGCACAGUAGAGAGACAUCCCCUAUUAGUUCGCAUCCCGUAACGUGGCAACCAUCUAAAGAGGGAGAUCGCUUAAUUGGACGUGUUAUUCUUAACAAGAGAACUACCAUGCCAAAAGAGUCAGGUGCAUUACUGGGGCUAAAAGUUGUUGGAGGAAAAAUGACAGAUUUAGGACGACUUGGUGCCUUCAUUACCAAAGUAAAGAAGGGUAGUCUAGCUGAUGUGGUGGGACAUCUAAGAGCAGGGGAUGAAGUUCUAGAAUGGAAUGGUAAAUCCCUGCCUGGAGCUACAAAUGAAGAAGUUUACAACAUUAUUUUAGAAUCCAAAUCAGAACCUCAAGUUGAAAUUAUUGUUUCAAGGCCUAUUGGUGACAUUCCAAGGAUUCCUGAGAGUUCCCAUCCUCCUCUAGAGUCUAGUUCAAGUUCUUUUGAAUCUCAGAAGAUGGAAAGGCCUUCUAUUUCUGUUAUUUCUCCAACUAGUCCUGGAGCUCUAAAGGAUGCACCACAAGUCCUACCAGGGCAGCUUUCUGUGAAACUGUGGUAUGACAAAGUGGGGCAUCAGUUAAUAGUAAAUGUUCUACAAGCAACAGAUCUGCCACCUAGAGGAGAUGGGCGUCCCAGAAAUCCUUAUGUAAAAAUGUAUUUUCUUCCAGAUAGAAGUGAUAAAAGUAAAAGGAGGACCAAAACAGUAAAGAAAAGCCUAGAACCAAAAUGGAACCAAACUUUUCUCUAUUCACAUGUACAUCGUAGAGAUUUUAGAGAACGAAUGUUAGAAAUAACCGUAUGGGACCAGCCAAGAGUACAAGAAGAAGAGAGUGAAUUUCUUGGAGAGAUCCUUAUAGAGCUGGAGACAGCACUUUUAGAUGAUGAACCACAUUGGUAUAAGCUGCAGACCCAUGAUGAAUCCUCACUACCUCUGCCUCAGCCAUCACCUUUCAUGCCACGGAGACAUGUCCAUGGUGGAGAAAGCACUAGCAAAAAAUUACAGAUAGGUUAUAGAUCUAAUACUAGAGAAAGUAGAUCUACAACGUUAACUGUGCCAGAACAGCAAAGAACAACACAUCAUCGUUCACGAUCUGUAUCUCCUCACCGUGGUGAUGAUCAGGGCAGGACCCGUUCACGUUUACCAAAUGUGCCAUUACAGAGGAGUUUAGAUGAAAUUCAUCAAAUGAGAAGAUCACGUUCUCCAACUAGACACCAUGAUGCCUCCCGAAGUCCAGUUGAUCGCAGGUCCAGAGACAUGGAUAGUCAGUAUUUGUCAGAUCACGAAAGUGAGCUUCUUAUGCUGCCCAGAGCAAAACGAGGAAGAAGUGCAGAGUGCCUACAUACCACCAGUGAACUACAGCCCUCCCUUGACAGGGCUAGGAGUGCUAGUACCAACUGCUUGAGACCAGAUACUAGUUUGCAUUCACCAGAACGAGAAAGAACAAGGACGCUGGAGUCUUGCAUUCCAAAACAAGACAGUAUAAACCACCUAAGUGCUAAAUCUGGAGCAACACAGAGGCAGUCCAGAAAAGUGGAAAGAUAUAACAGCCAAAAACAGACUAGGAAAGACUCCGCAUCUGAAACAGAAAGGGUUCUGCUACCAUGUCUUUCUAGAAGGGGACUUCCAACCCCAAGAACAACUGAGCAGCCAGUCAUUAGGGGAAAACAUCACACUCGCUCAAGGUCGAGUGAGCAUUCUAGUAUCAGACCAUUAUGCUCUGUACAUCAUCUAGUUCCAGGAGGGUCGGCGCCACCUUCUCCACUUCUGACAAGAAUACACCAACAAGGAAGUCCAGCUCAGUCACCUCCUGCAGACACAUCAUUCAGCAGUCGUAGGGGAAGACAGCUUCCACAAGUUCCAGUAAGAAGCAGCAGUGUAGAGCAAGCAAGCUUAGUAGUGGAGGAACAAACGCGACAGAUGAAAAUGAAAGUGCAUCGUUAUAAUCAGACAACAGGGUCUGGUUCUAGCCAAGAAUAUGAGCGUGAGCAAUAUACCAAGUAUAACAUACAAACAGAUCAGUACAGAAGUUGUGAUAACGUCUCUGCCAAAUCAUCAGAUAGUGAUGUCAGUGAUGUGUCAGCCAUUUCCCGUACCAGCAGUGCCUCUCGCCUCAGCAGCACAAGCUUUAUGUCAGAGCAAUCUGAGCGCCCUAGGGGCAGAAUCAGGUCAAAGUCCUUAGAGAUCUGCAAAACUGAUGGCAAAAGAGAAAGAAGGAUAUCAUGGGAAUUAGAUGACCAAACGGGGCACAGUGAAAAGAAAUUGGAUAUGGAAGACAAGAAAAAGAGAAGGCAUUCUGUUGCUGAUUUGAGUACGUUUACCCCUAAAAUGCAAGGCAGACGGAUGGGGACUUCAGGGAGAACCAUCACAAAAAGCACAAGUGUGAGUGGAGAGAUGUACAAACUGGAACAUAAUGAUGGGAGUCAAUCAGACACUGCUGUCGGGACAGUUGGAACAGGUGGGAAGAAAAGACGAUCCAGUCUCAGUGCCAAAGUGGUUGCCAUAGUAUCUCGAAGGAGCAGAAGCACAUCCCAACUUAGCCAAACAGAGGCUGGCAACAAGAAGCUAAAAAGCACGAUACAGAGAAGCACAGAAACAGGGAUGGCAGCAGAAAUGAGGAAUCGUAUGGUUCGGCAGCCAAGUCGGGAGUCCACUGAUGGCAGCAUAAACAGUUACAGCUCUGAGGGGAACCUAAUAUUCCCUGGUGUGCGGCUGGGUGCUGACAGUCAAUUUAGUGAUUUCCUUGAUGGCCUUGGACCUGCACAGUUAGUAGGUCGACAGACACUAGCAACCCCUGCUAUGGGUGAUAUUCAGAUUGGAAUGGUGGAUAAAAAAGGCCAGUUAGAAGUAGAAGUCAUUAGAGCCCGAGGCCUCACGCAAAAACCUGGCUCCAAAUCUACCCCAGCUCCCUAUGUCAAAGUAUACCUGUUGGAAAAUGGAGCCUGUGUAGCCAAGAAAAAGACAAGAAUUGCACGGAAAACACUUGAUCCUCUGUACCAACAGACACUAGUUUUUGAUGAAAGUCCACAGGGUAAAGUCCUUCAGGUGAUAGUUUGGGGAGACUAUGGCCGAAUGGAUCACAAAUGCUUCAUGGGUGUUGCACAGAUCCUUCUGGAGGAACUUGAUCUGUCCAGUGUAGUAAUAGGAUGGUAUAAAUUAUUUCCACCCUCUUCACUAGUGGAUCCAACCUUGACUCCCCUGACCCGCAGGGCUUCCCAGUCAUCUCUGGAAAGUUCAACUGGGCCUCCGUGCAUUAGAUCAUAGUGAACUUAUAGCAGAUGCUGUCUAAUAAAAAUGUUACCACCCAGGAUAACAAUCAGAACCAGAUUCUUAUAUGAUCAAAAGCAUUGUUGGAGAGAGACAAUCACUUCUGUUUUUGCCUGUAGUAGUUAUCCAAAAAUAUGUCUGAAUUAUUUGUUAAAAGAUGGCUUAAAUUAACAGAACAAAAUAGUAUAUCAAAUACAGUAAGUCAAUCUACUAGCGACAGUCACUGAUGCUUAUUACAAUUUUUAAAAAGAGCGGGACCUUUAGAUUAGAAUAAAAUGAAAAAAAAAAUACAAAACUGGAAGCUCUCACUCUGUUAAGUGUUGUAUUUUUUCACAUUUUGACAGAGCCCACAAGCAGUGUUAACUUCCUGGUGUUUCAGCAGUUUUUCUGUACUUGUUACUUCCACUAGUUUUUUUGCUGUGUGAUUCUGCCAGUUUUGUAAAAGUCCUCACAAUGCUAACAGAGACCCUUCCUUUCAUUUUCUAAACCAAACAAAAAAGGGCUGAAGUAUAUCUCUGUAAGUAUCCCUUCAAGUGUUCAGCAGCCAGAAUUACCAUACAUGAUGCCACUAAGGUUCUCAUUGUUUCUUAGUUCUGGUUCUUCCAAGUCUUUCAGGUGAAAACCCAGAACAAAUGACCAAUCAAGAUUAUUUCAUUAACAACAACAACAAAAUCACAGUGCUAGUUUUUCUUUGUAAAAAGCAAAUAUGUUUGCAUUAUAUAUAAUGUUUUUUAUGUUUUAUGAUGUUUUGCAUGGAAGAGUUUUGAAGAAAUCUAUCUGCAGCUAAUGCUGGGGACAGAUAAAAGCAGCUUUAGUCUUAAUUUUGACACUGAAAAUAUUACUGGUAAUGCAGUUUUCUUCUUAGACUCAGAGAGGAGAUAUUUACGUUCAUGUGUAUAAAUGUAUAUUUGACUUCCCAAAAUGUUGACCAGGAAUGGGGUUGAGCAUAUGACACUUUCAGCUGUACCCAGGCUUCUCUGAUGUGUGUCACUUUAGACACACAUGUCUGCCCUGGAUAGAGCAUGGUAUGAGUUGUUCAAUAUUUCACUGGAAAUUCCAGUUGAAAUAUUCUGCACUUACUAAUGUUUUUAUCAAAUUUUAGUUUACAUUUCUUUGAGAUUGAUGCAAGCACAAAGCUUGAUUUUUUAACGCAAGAUAUCUUACUUUUUUGGUAAAAAAAAAAUCAAAUUUCAAUCUGCAUUUUAUUCAUUUGAGUUCUUCUUGGCCUUGAAAUCCCAUGUGAUUUACUGUAAAUGUGCUAAAAACUGCAGACUCUGCUGGUUCAAUGAUAUGUUUUCCCUCCUUUUACAGGCCAUUCAAUUUUGUGAUCACACAAAUAGGGCAGCAUGACUUGAAACUGUUCAAAGCUGCAUGCACGUUUUGUAAAAAGAAGCAAAAAGAUUAUUUAAUAAUGUAUGUUAGUUCCACAUAGGCCAGCUUGUAUGUUGCAUGUACUUGUACAGUUUGCUCGUAAUUACUAUACUGAAGUAACCAAGAAAUCUAAGCCAUCCAUUUUUCUUAUAGACAUUUUGCAGGUUUUAGCCAGGCAAGGUCUGUUAGUCUGGUGCUAAAUGUCUAUAGAUGGACUUUAUUUUUUACCCUAUGGAAAACGUGAUGUAGUAUGGACCAAAUUCCUUCUAAUAAAUAUUUUGGUGUAGAUUCCUACUGUGGGGCUGUAACACAUGUAGAAACUCUGUGCACACUAGGUUUUAAUUCAUAGACAUACUGCCUGCACCAAGUGAACUAUUUAUUAUUAUUUAUCAUGCCGGAACUAUUCUGCCCAUGGUUCCAUAGGGCACAGAUUGAUUACUGCUCGACCUGCUGAGCAGGAAGAACUGAAGCAUUGGUGCACUACUACUAGAUUCUGUUCUGUCUUAGUGGCCAAAAAUCAACUAAUUCUAAUUCGGUAGUAUCUUUCUAUUUUGACCACUUGUCUUAACACUCCCCUGUGCUUUUAAAUGAACUCCUAACUCAUGUUAUGUAAACAUGUUUAAUAAAAUUUCCUUUUCAUGUCCAGAGUAGUUGUUGUGUUCAGUAUGUUCUAAGGUUCGGAUGCAACUCCUCUCACUACCA